CCACACCCACGCAAUCAACACACCAAGAAUAAUUCAGAAGUAUCUCAUCACUUUGUAGAGGGCAGUAUUUGAUGGGAAAACAUGUAUUCGAAUAUAACAAGUGAUCCAAAAUAAAGAAACUAUAUAUAUAAAUAAGUUUAUUCUUUAUAACUGCAAGCAUUAUUAUACUUACAAAAUUGUUAAAAUUAAAAUUGGUGUAUGAAAAAUAGAUUUAAAGAAUCAAGCAGAAUAUCAGAAUUAAUUAUUUCAUCAUUGAAUGAAUUAUCAGUGAUUGAUCAGUGAUUUAUGCUGUUGAUAAUUUCUUUAUGAACUUUGUAAAACAAGCUGAGCAAAGGAUGAAGUAAUAUUCAUGACAUAAAAUAUCUCAAUAUUUAUUAAAAAUGACGUAUUUUAAAUACAAAAGAUUUGUAACAGCACUUAAUAUAGUAAGAAAUAUGGCUACUGUCAAAAGAUUUUAUCGAAGAACAAAUAUUUUAUCAAGUGGUGCAACAUUUGAAAUUACACUUGACCAAAGGAAACUAAAAACACCUCAAGGAAAAGUAUUACAAGUGGAUAGUAAACCAUUAGCUUUAGCAAUAGCUGCUGAAUGGGAUAUGCAAACAGAAACCAUUGACAAGAGCAAUAUGCAUUUGACAGCCUUGAGUAAUACUGUAAUAGAUAAUCCCAAUAAUCAUACAAAGGAAAAUGUAGUAAAUUAUAUUGUAAAUUGCUUGGAAAUGGAUACAGUAUUAUUUCAUUCAAAUGAAAGUGAUGACUUAUAUAAAUUACAAAUUAAACAUUGGGACCCAUUGGUACAAUGGUUUUGUGACAAGUAUGGUGUGAAUAUGACAAAGACUCAAAGUAUACAGGCUCCUGCAGUAUCUGAAGAAACAAAAAAAAUAUUAACAAGACACUUAAUGUCUUAUAAUUACAAUGCAGUAUAUGGUUUUAUGUAUGGAGUAGAUGCAAUAAAAUCUGUGAUCCUUACUUUAGCUGCAGCAGAAAGAAUGAUUAGUAUAAAAGAUGCAGUAAAACUAUCGCGUUUAGAAGAAGAUUACCAAACCUCUCACUGGGGAUCUAUAGAAUGGUUUCAUGAUCACAGCAAGUAUGAUUUACAAGCCCGUUUGGCUGCAGCUAUUUUAUUUGUGCACUUGAACUCUUAUUCUGUAACACAUCAGCCGAAAAACGUUAAUAAAAACGUUAUGUAAUAUAAAAGAUAACUUGAAUGUUGUACGAAAAUUGUACAAAACGUAUAUUAAAAUAUAA